AUGUCAACAUUCCAAUACACAAGGUCCGGAUCCGAGGUUGAGUCGGCCGCUCCACAAACGCCGUUGGAUCGCUGUGAUAUACUCGCUUUCCUUGGUGUCGCUCAAUCCCGCGGUAUAGAUCUGCUCCCUAUACAUUGGGAACCGACACUGGACUGUCUUGGCCAGAGUAGAACGGCUGAAAUCCGAGAGGCUUCGUUCAGUCGACAAACAAGCUUCGCUUUUAAACGCGGAAAAUUCAGGAAUGCGUAUGAUCUGAUGGAAUUAGAGACUCGGCUACUUCCAUCCUUGGCUGCUGAGGUAGCUGUAUUGGGCCACCCAUCGAUUUGGGAUUAUCCUAGCAUCGCUAAGCUUGAGGGGAUAUGCUGGGAGGUUUACCCUCCGGACGAUCAAGUGCUCUCUAGGGAGGAGACGAUCGAUUCUGGGAAAGGUGGUAUAAUGCCCAUUCUUGUGUUCGAAAAAGCUAAACACGGAGACUUAUACCAAUUCAUGACACAUGGGCCAGGACAACAGCUGGGUCUGAAUGAUAGACUUUGGCUGUGUACUGAAGUCGCAAGCGCAAUUGCUAUAAUGCACAUAAACAAAAUUAUUCAUGGUGAUAUUAAACCUCAGAACAUCUUGGUGUUCGACAAGGGUUUGGCUGAACAUCCCGCCGAGGCCAAAAAUCUAGAAAUCGGCACAGGAUACGCGGACUCGACCGACGUGCUUGAUAUACCCAAAUCCGAGCCUUGGUAUGGCCCAGGUGAUAUCGUUGACGGCGAUGCAAACCCUCAAAAUUGCCCAUCGGUGGAUCACAAAUCGCCUAAAUACACUGCUAAGGCUACGGACUUCGGAUAUUCAACCCAGUAUACCGGCGUGACUGAUUUGAUCAUCAUGCCGAAAUCAGACCCCUGGUAUGCUCCAGAGUGGCACCACCGUGGCUUCACACCAGCACAGGCAACCAAAAUGGAUUCCUAUUCCUUCGGCAUGGUAGUACUAUGGCUGCUGAGCUGUAGUACAGAGGACGACUCCGUCCGCAGAUUCCAAAGUGAUUUGAAUCUAGCAUCAAAUGAUGCGCUAGUUCGUCUGUACAUCGCAAACGGUUUCUUCAACAGAGCGUCUCAACUUGAGAAGAGGUCGCACGUUGACUCCGAAUCCCAGGAACUGCUGAUUCAGGCCGCUCUCUGCUAUCACAUCGGGUUUGGUGUCAAACGGAAUCAAACAAAAUCGCAAGAGCUUCUACAGCGAUGUCAUCAAUCUGUUCAACCUUUCUUCAGGCAUUGGCUAGACGAGCUUCAACAGAGUGAGAACUAUCGCGGCUUUCGCGAGACUCUUUUUGGGAAGAUGGACAGAAGUCGUUACCUACAACGAGCUGAUGUAGCUCAAAGCUACCUUGGGCAAUCAGAUUUGAAAACAAUUGUGGAAGAAUACAGAAACGAAAUCUCGGAUGUUGCGAGUACUUUAGGCAAAAGCCAUGGCAUCGUCACCUUGCUCCAAAGUCAAGUAUCGCGUAUUUUUGUCUGCUACCGUAGUUGGGCAAAGGCAGAGAAGCUGGAGUCACGAAUUCUAGAAACAAAGAAGAGGAAUCUAGGCGAAUUUCACCCAGGCACUCUAACAUCUAUGGCGAACCUAGCAACAAUAUAUCAAGGCCAAAAGCGAUGGAAAGAAGCUGAAGAGUUGGCGCUUCGAGUCAUAGAAUUGAGGCAAAACGCACUAGGCCCAGAGCACCCUGACACAGUGAACGCCAAGGCCGAAUUAGUGGUCUCGUACAGUCAUCAAAGACGGUGGGCGGAGGCCGAGCAGCUACAACUGCAAGUCCUAGAGAUGAGAAAGAGGACACUAGGCCCAGAGCAUCCAGACGUGAUGAAAAGCCAAGAUGCGCUGGCAGUCAUAAACACUGAACAACGGGUAUUGGACGAACUUGGAGAGAUGUAA